AUGUCCAAUGCAAAUCUAAGAAAAUGGGUUGGUUUUUGCUUUGUUGCCAUUUAUCUCUUCGUAGGUGUUCCACUGUGGUACAAGCUAACCACAGUAUAUAGGGCAUCAUUACCAAUAAAUUACAUUGAGUCACUUCAAAAUAACAAAUUCCAAGAUAUCCAUCUCGUUAUACCGGUGUAUGUCAAGUCGGAUACUUACAGGUUUCCUGACGUUCAUGACGCUAUCCAAGUUCAGGUUAAUCAUUUAUUAAAUACGCAAGAGCAGCAGGUCCCAUGGUCUCUACAAGUUCUUCCAUAUAACGAAACUAUUGAGCAGAUGGAAGGUGAAGGCAACCAGUUCCAUGUCGUUACUUUGAAGUUAGAUGAAUUCAUCGGUUACUCAUCUGCUUAUGAUACCAAAGAAACAUUAGUAUAUUAUGACGACGCAGCCGUUUUAAGUAAUGAUCUGCCAUUUUUCAUUGCACAAACUUUGGUAGAACACACUUUCCAAUUGGAAUGGACGCACUUGAAUAAAACGUAUGAAGGCGUUUCUACAAACAAUGUUGCCAUAUCUUAUGAUCCAAACAUUCAUUUAAGUAUAACUUUAUUGUCGGGAGACGGGAAUCCUGUCGCAUGGGAAAUCGAGCGUACAUUGACUGAUUACUUUUCACCCUUUAGGAAGUUCUUAUCACCACUGGUAAAUUUUACGGUAGAUUCAUCAAUUGUUUACCACAAUGAUUUGAAUUUACAUUCGUUAAAUGGAUCAUGUGCAAGUGUUACGUGGUUUGACCUCUCUCAUACUAUUGAUCUUUCUGAACUUUCUUCGAUGACUUAUUACCCAGAGGAUUCUGCCCUGAAUUUAGCCAUAGUUUUUCCUAGUGCUUCGUCGAGUCCUGAUGGACUGGCAUUCAUUAAUGGCACUCGAAUUUCUGACGACUUAACGACGUUAGAUUGGAAUAGUUAUCUGGUUCCGCAAUGGGGGGUUAUAAUAAUAAAUAAAAUGCCAUUGAAACCAAACUCUGUCAUCAGCGAAGAUUAUUUAGAACCUAUGAUGUACCGUUUUGCGACAGAUAUUUUCCAACUAUUGGGAUUGGCAGAGGGCUCGCAAGAUUUAUUAUCUCCUUACAUCACUAUAGAUUCAUUCAAAAGGUUGACAAUUUUACAGAAUCUAGAUAAAGCUAUUGAAACGUUGUGGUCGUUAGUGAAACUUACCCAGCAAUUUCAGGGUAUGUCUAUCCCACGUGAAGUAUCCGAUAAUGUUGUCGAAGCUUUAGACCUAAGGCUGCAAAUUAUUGAUUUAUUAAAUGAUCCUGGAAAGGGCGGAGAUAUCGUCUGGAACAAUGCUUUACAUUUAAGUAAUGAAUUGGUUAAAUUAUGCGAAAAGGCUUUUUUUAAUGGAGAAAUGGUUCAACAAAAUUUCUUCCCACAAGAGCAUAUGAUUGCUGUGUAUUUGCCGUUAUUAGGCCCAAUAUCAGCGGUUAUGUUUUUUGGCUUCUAUAACGUGAUGAAAGAAAAAGUUUUAAAAACUGAAAAGAAUGGAACCGAGAGAGAAGUUGCUAAGGAAAAAUUGGAGCUGAAAGAGACUCAAAAAUUACAUGCUAUUGAUGGUGAAGAUGAACUAUGA